CGUCCAAAGAUAUCAUUCCCUUCUCACAUACUUUCAUUUUGUGGGAAAUUCAACAAGUUUCGUUUAGGCUGAAACCAACGCUUUUGCUUAACUUUCGUGUUUGCUUUCAGUUUAUUAUGAGUGUGUUCGUCAGUCCAGGAAGGAAGAGAGAAGAGACUCUUCCGGAGUCUGAUCUUCUCGUGCAUCAGCUGUGAUCAUGUUGUGUUUUUGGGGAGCGCAGGUCAGAGAGGGGUUGGGGCUGGUAAAGCCUGACCAAGUCAAACAUGGCAAAUGUGGAAUACGAUCUGUGUGCCCGAAAUCAAAUGUUCAGGACAUGUCAGCUGGAAGGAGUUUUGCUGGAUUCAUCCGGGAUGGGAAGGUCUCGGUCCUGAGAUUGCGCAGUGAAGACAGUGAUGAUCAUCUAGAAUCACAAGAGCUAAAUGACGAAACUGAUGACAAAAUCAGACUGAUAGUCUGUGGAGGAGAUGGUGCUGUUCUUCUUUCUGAUUCAGGAAAAGUUCUCAUCAUGGAUAAAUCUACUGUGUGCAGGUCUCUCAAAGGUCUGGAUAACAGGCAGGUGAUUCAGAUCGCAUGUGGAGACCAUCAUUCAAUGGCACUAACCAACGAUGGUCAGGUGUUCGUGUGGGGUGAGAACUCUCAUGGUCAGCUGGGUUUGAGGAAAGAUCAUCCCGGCUCUCCGUCUGCUCAACAUGUUCAGAGUCUGAGUGGGAUCCCGCUGGCUCAGAUCAGCGCUGGAGGAGACCACAGCUUUGUGUUGUCUCUCUCUGGAGUCGUGUUUGGAUGGGGAAAGAACUCUGCUGGACAGCUGGGCCUCGGAGACACUACAGACAGACACGUCCCAACAAUUAUAAAUAGACUUCAAUUGAAGAAAACUGUGUCCAUCUCAUGUGGAGGAGAACACACUGCCACUUUAUCAAAGGGCGGCACAGUGUUCACAUUCGGAUCCGGAGGUUCUGGUCAGCUUGGGCACAACUCAUUUAGAGAUGAACAUCAUCCGCGGGUGGUUGCUGAACUGUGGGGGUCUGAAGUGUCACAGGUCACAUGUGGGAGACAUCACACGCUUGUAUCAAUCACAUCGUCAAAGCUGAUCUACUCAUUUGGAUGUGGGACGCAAGGGCAGCUGGGAAACGGAGAAAUGAUCAUGCAGUCUGUGCCUUUCCCUGUGGAUCUGCCAACUGAAUGCAAUCAUGAAUAUACGAUUGAAAAAAUCAUCGCUGGGGAGAAUCAUUCCUUUGCCUUGUUUUUCAAAGAACUUGAAAGUAAGGCCAAAUCCAAUCCAAGCAGAGGGGGUUUGACAUUAAAUGACAGAAUGAUUGACCGAUGGCUGUCUGGAACUGAUUCAUGGGCAACAAUAAAACAGGAAAUAAACACUGUGUUCUCCUCCGCUGCCUCUCUGAAUGGAAGUUUUCUCAAAACGAGUUGUGAUGAUCAUUUUCAGACGUCUGCAGAGCAUUGUGGUUUGGAUUUUGAUCUGGUUAAAACAUCCUUUGCAAAGUUAUCAGAGAAUAAAAGCUUGAUAUCAGAGGUAGUGAAGGUGGUUCAGCAGACACUGCUGCCGUCUCUGAAUCCAAAUCCAACUGGUGUGGAAGCUCUGAGAGUUUAUCUUCUCCUCCCUGAACUCAUCAGACAUCUCAAGAAACAAAAAACUGAGCUCACUGAAGCUCUGGCCUCCAAAAUUCAUGAGCUGAAUCCUGAUUCUCACAAGGUGUUAGAGAAGUACUGGUCCAAACUCCCUGAUGAUUGGCUCAAAAGCCUGGUGAGGUUAUUUCGCAAACCAUCUGCUGAGCUGAUUGGCCAGAUUUCUUGUGGUGAAAUGGGCUAUGACUUAACUAAACGCCUGAAGAAGUUUUUGAAGGUCCUUUCAAUGAUCUAUCAGGUCUGCUGCAGUGCCAACAGAGACAUCCCAAACAGGGGUUUCAUCAUUCAUGAGAUCAAUGAUCUGCUAGAUACACUGCUAGCCACCUUGAAGAAACUGUUAUUGCCAUUUUUGUGUUUUGCUUUUCCCGACGAUUGGGAGGAUACGGUGAAAUCGAAAGAUUACUGCUUUGAAUCUAUUAACAUAUUGGUCAAGUUCCCUUUUGUGGCUGACACUGUAUCUAAACAGAGAAUGUUUUCUUAUUUGCAGGGUCAACUUUUAGAGAGCUUUCCAGACCCAGACAGGAUCAUUUUAAAUGGCAACAUGUUGCACAUAAACAGGGAAUCAGUGUUGACAGACACGCUAAAGUAUCUCAGACAAAAAACCCACUCUUUUUGUUAUCCACUGCAGGUGGCGUUCAUUGGGGAGAACGGAGUAGAUCUGAUGGGUUUAUCGGCAGAAUUCUUCUCCCUCCUUUCCCAGUCUCUUCUGAAAUGGGAGAAGAAGGUCCUGGAAGUCCAUGAGAGUUCACUGGUUUGGUUCAAUCCUGAUGGCAUGCAAGCUAAUAGGGAUUUUUACUAUCUUGGCGUUAUCUGUGGAAUGGCGCUCUACAACCAACAUUAUAUAAACAUUGACUUCCCGCUGGCCUUGUUCAAGAAACUCCUCCAGCAGAGUCCCACACUGAAUGAUCUGGAGGAACUAUCUCCUGUGGAGGCCAGAACUUUGAAAAGCCUUCUUGAGGAGGACGAGGACGAAGUAGUGGAUAUGCUCGGUUUCGAGUUCAUGGUCAAAGGAAAAAAGCUCAUCCCAAACGGAGAUCAGAUUCGAGUGACCAAAGCUAAUAGACAGAAGUAUGUGGAUUUGUAUGUCGACUUCAUUUUCAACAAGUCAGUGAAGAAACAGUUCGAGCAUUUUUCAAGAGGUUUCUUUAAGGGCUGCCCACUUGAUGUCUGGAGCAUGUUCCACCCUGAGGAACUCCAGGAGCUUCUCCACGGCUCCCCGAAAUACGAGUGGAAGGAGCUUCAGCAGUGUGCCUCCUAUGAAAAGUGCUCUGCCUCUGAUGAGCUCAUCAAGAACUUCUGGACUGUUUUCUUUGAGUUAUCUGAAGAGAACAAGAGGAAAUUUCUGAUUUUCCUGUAUGGGACGGACCGUGUACCUGUGGGAGGUUUCUCACAGCGCUCUCUGAAGAUUGAACUGCGGGACUGUCCUGAUGCAGAAGACCGACUGCCAGAGGCCCAGACCUGUUUUGGCAGAUUAAUUCUUCCCAAAUACAGCGAUAUCAACACACUUCGUGACAAGCUAAUACAUGCAAUCAACUUUUGUAAGGUUUUUGGACGAGCUUCUCGUGCAUCAGCUGUGAUCAUGUUGUGUUUUUGGGGAGCGCAGGUCAGAGAGGGGUUGGGGCUGGUAAAGCCUGACCAAGUCAAACAUGGCAAAUGUGGAAUACGAUCUGUGUGCCCGAAAUCAAAUGUUCAGGACAUGUCCGCUGUAAGGAGUUUUGCUGGAUUCAUCCGGGAUGGGAGAGUCUCGGUCCUGAGAUUGCGCAGUGAAGACCGUAAUGAUGGAAAACUAAUGCAACUACAGCUAAAGAAUAAAAUCAGACUGAUAGUCUGUGGAGGAGAUGGUGCUGUUCUUCUUUCUGAUUCAGGAAAUGUUCUCAUCAUGGAUAAAUCUACUGUGUGCAGGUCUCUCAAAGGUCUGGAUAGCAGGCCGGUGAAUCAGAUCGCAUGUGGAGACCAUCAUUCAAUGGCACUAACCAACGAUGGUCAGGUGUUCGUGUGGGGUGAGAACUCUCAUGGUCAGCUGGGUUUGAGGAAAGAUCAUCCCGGCUCUCCGUCUGCUCAACAUGUUCAGAGUCUGAGUGGGAUCCCGCUGGCUCAGAUCAGCGCUGGAGGAGACCACAGCUUUGUGUUGUCUCUCUCUGGAGUCGUGUUUGGAUGGGGAAGGAACUCUGCUGGACAGCUGGGCCUCGGAGACACUACAGACAGACACGUCCCAACGGUUGUAAAUAGCCUGAACUGGAAAAAAACUGUGUCCAUUUCAUGUGGAGAGGAACACACUGCCACUUUAUCAAAGGGCGGCACAGUGUUCACAUUCGGAUCCGGAGGUUCUGGUCAGCUUGGGCACAACUCAUUUAGAGAUGAACAUCAUCCGCGGGUGGUUGCUGAACUGUGGGGGUCUGAAGUGUCACAGGUCACAUGUGGGAGACAUCACACGCUUGUAUCAAUCACAUCGUCAAAGCUGAUCUACUCAUUUGGAUGUGGGACGCAAGGGCAGCUGGGAAACGGAGAAAUGAUCAUGCAGUCUGUGCCUUUCCCUGUGGAUCUGCCAACUGAAUGCAAUCAUGAAUAUACGAUUGAAAAAAUCAUCGCUGGGGAGAAUCAUUCCUUUGCCUUGUUUUUCAAAGAACUUGAAAGUAAGGCCAAAUCCAAUCCAAGCAGAGGGGGUUUGACAUUAAAUGACAGAAUGAUUGACCGAUGGCUGUCUGGAACUGAUUCAUUGGCAACAGUAAAGCAGGAAAUAAACACAGUGUUCUCCUCCGCUGCCUCUCUGAAUGGAAGUUUUCUCAAAAUGAGUUGUGAUGAACAUUAUCAGACGUCUGAAGAGCAUUGUGGUUUGGAUUUUGAUCUGGUUAAAACAUCUUUUGCAAAGUUAUCAGAGAAUAAAAGCUUGAGAUCAGAGGUAGUGACGGUGGUUGAACAGAUGCUGCGUUCUCUGAAUCCAAAUCCAACUGGUGUGGAAUCUCUGAGAGUUUACCUUCUCCUCCCUGAACUCAUCAGACGUCUCAGGAAACAACAAAGAACUGAACUCACUGAAGCUCUGGCCUCCAAAAUCCUUCAGCUGGACCCUGAUGCUCUCAAGGUGUUAGAGAAGUACUGGUCCAAACUCCCUGAUGAUUGGCUCAAAAGCCUGGUGAGGUUAUUUCGCAAACCAUCUGCUGAGCUGAUUGGCCAGAUUUCUUGUGGUGAAAUGGGCUAUGACUUAACUAAACGCCUGAAGAAGUUUUUGAAGGUCCUUUCAAUGAUCUAUCAGGUCUGCUGCAGUGCCAACAGAGACAUCCCAAACAGGGGUUUCAUCAUUCAUGAGAUCAAUGAUCUGCUAGAUACACUACAAGCCACCUUGGAGGAUCCGUUAUUGCAGUUAUUGCAGUUGUUGCCGUCAUUGCGGUCUGUUAUUACUGAUGUUUGUCAGGAUAAGCUGAAAUUGAAAGAUUACUACUUUGGAACUAUUAACAUAUUGGUCAAGUUCCCUUUUGUGGCUGACACUGUAUCUAAACAGAGAAUGUUUCAUUACUUGCGGUGGCAACUCUUCAGACUCAGGGCCAAUGGCAAUGUGUUGCACAUAAACAGGGAAUCAGUGUGGUUGGACACACUUACGUAUCUCAGACAAAAAACCCACUCAUUUCGUAAUCCACUGCAGGUGGCGUUCAUUGGGGAGAACGGAGUAGAUCUGAUGGGUUUAUCGGCAGAAUUCUUCUCCCUCCUUUCCCAGUCUCUUCUGAAAUGGGAGAAGAAGGUCCUGGAAGUCCAUGAGAGUUCACUGGUUUGGUUCAAUCCUGAUGGCAUGCAAGCUAAUAGGGAUUUUUACUAUCUUGGCGUUAUCUGUGGAAUGGCGCUCUACAACAAUCAUUAUAUAAACAUUGACUUCCCGCUGGCCUUGUUCAAGAAACUCCUCCAGCAGAGUCCCACACUGAAUGAUCUGGAGGAACUAUCUCCUGUGGAGGCCAGAAGUCUCAAAAGCCUUCUUGAGGAGGACGAGGACGAAGUAGUGGAUAUGCUCUUUUUGGAUUUCACGGUCAAAGGAAAAAAGCUCAUUCCAAACGGAGAUCAAAUUCAAGUGACCAAAGUUAAUAGACAGAAGUAUGUGGAUUUGUAUGUCAACUUCAUUUUCAACAAGUCAGUGAAGAAACAGUUCAAACAUUUUUCAAGAGGUUUCUUUAAGGGCUGCCCACUUGAUGUCUGGAGCAUGUUCCACCCUGAGGAACUCCAGGAGCUUCUCCACGGCUCCCCAAAAUACGAGUGGAAGGAGCUUCAGCAGUGUGCCUCCUAUGAAAAGUGCUCUGCCUCUGAUGAGCUCAUCAAGAACUUCUGGACUGUUUUCUUUGAGUUAUCUGAAGAGAACAAGAGGAAAUUUCUGAUUUUCCUGUAUGGGACGGACCGUGUACCUGUGGGAGGUUUCUCACAGCGCUCUCUGAAGAUUGAACUGUGGGACUGUCCUGAUGCAGAAGACCGACUGCCAGAGGCCCAGACCUGUUUUGGCAGAUUAAUUCUUCCCAAAUACAGCGAUAUCAACACACUUAGCAACAAGUUUAUACACGCAAUCAGCUUUUGUGAGGUUUUUGGACGAGUGUGAAAUUCCCACAAGGUUGCAACCCCAAAUUAUAGGCUGUAGAGUCACAGAUUUGCCACACAGAUGUAACACAGACCGCUCUUGUUGGGAGCAAAACAUUUUGCUUAAUGUUGUCACAUUAUGUAGAUUUAUAUAGUUCUCAUAAAAAAUUUAAUAUUUGUAAAUAAACAAUAUGAGAGCUAUAUUCUAUUUUUAGCACUACUUUGUAAUUUUUAUCACAUUAUAAAAUAUAUUUUGGUAUGUCACCUCAUAACCUUAUUCCGUUCAUGUUCUGUUAUUUGGUGUUUAAAUAAAAAGACAUUCUCCUAAAUACUUCUCAUAUUAUCUAUCUUUUAAAUGAUAUAAAUAUCAUAAGACAUGGAACAUAAACGUCAACAGAACUGGAAAAAGCGUAUGUACUAAGUUAUUAUUUUGAUUUUAUAUGAAGCAAUGAGACGAAAUUCAAAUUCACCCAAUUUUUUUCACAACUGACAAAGAUAUGAAGUCUUACAAGCAGGUGUAUACAUGCAAUACCAGUUU